GACGCGGUAGCGAGAGAUCAGGUGAAAUCUAUUGAGUCGCAGUGUCGAUGAAUCGGGACGUUUGAGAGAGUGGUGGUGGGCUUCGCACUUCGACAGGAAGGCAAGGAAAACAAUCGGGUCGAGUGCACGCAUCUCGCCGAGAUGGCCGACAACGAGCAGAAGGCGUUGCAACUGGUGGCGGAGGCCGAAAGGAAGCUGUCGUCGUCGAAGGGCUUCUUCGGCGCCCUAUUCGGGAGCUCAUCGAAGGUCGAGGAAGCGGUGGAAUGUUACCAACGAGCGGCGAACAUGUUCAAAAUGGCAAAGAAAUGGAGCUCGGCGGGAAAGGCGUUUUACGAUGCGGCAGAUUUGCAUGCAAAGGCGGGUAGUCGACAUGACGCAGCUAACAAUUAUGUAGACGCUGCCAAUUGUUUUAAGAAAUCUGAUACAAACGAGGCAAUCAGCUGCCUGCUGAAAGCCAUUGAGAUCUACACCGAUAUGGGUCGUUUUACGAUGGCAGCUAAGCAUCACCAGAGCAUAGCCGAGAUUUACGAAAGCGAGGCGGUAGACCUAGAACGGGCGGUGCAUCACUAUGAGCAGGCUGCGGAUUAUUUCCGCGGAGAGGAGAGCAACUCCUCCGCGAACAAGUGUCUUCUGAAAGUUGCGCAAUACGCCGCGCAACUUGAAAAUUAUGAUAAGGCCAUUCAGAUCUAUGAACAGGUUGCUUCCGCGUCAUUAGAAAGUUCUUUAUUAAAAUACAGCGCCAAGGAAUAUUUCUUCCGUGCCGCGUUGUGCCACUUGUGUGUGGACUCGUUAAACGCCCAACAUGCAAUUGAACGUUAUCAGGAACAAUAUCCUGCUUUCCAAGACGCUAGGGAAUACAAACUGGUAAAGACGUUGAUAGAGCAUUUGGAGGAUCAGAAUCUAGAAGGUUACACAGAUGCAGUAAAGGAAUACGAUUCAAUUUCAAGAUUGGAUCAGUGGUAUACAACAAUAUUGUUACGUAUAAAAAAGCAAAUUAACGAUAAUCCGGAUUUACGCUGAUCAGUUGUUCCUUAUUUAUGUUAUUUUCUGUCAACGAUAUUAUUCUCAGACCAUGUAUAUUUAUUAUUGAGUCACGCUCUAUUUUCAGUGGAAACUAUAAAGUAGUUUUGUUUUUAUAUAUUUGAAUGUUUAAUCGCUUAUAUUAGUCCCCCGUAAGGUUUUGACAAAUUUUUUGUUGUUUAUAUAAGUUUUUUAACCCGUUGACUGUGUAUGACGGCUAUAGCCGCAACGUAAAAAAAACAAAGUAAAACUUUCUGAAUUUGCUUGAAACUUAUUACUCGGGAGUUUCUGGGGUCGUUGAUUCCGAAUCCGAAGUCAGAUGUACAAAGUUCAAAAUGACGGAUCCAAUAUGGCGGAUCAAAAUUACAAAAAAUGGUCUGAUUUUUAUUAAAUUUGGUACCCUUAUGUUUUUUUGGGUCUCUGAAUCCGAAUAUGAAAUCAAAAUUCAAAAAUGGCGGAUGCAAUAUGGCGCUUCAAAAUAAUAAUUCCACCUAUUUUUUGUAAUUUUGAUCCGCCAUAUUGAACCCACCAUUUUGAAUUUUGUAAAUCUGACAUAUUCGGAUUCAGAGACCCAAAAAACAUAAGGGUACCAAGUUUCAUAAUAAUCCGAUGAACUUUCUUUUCAACACACUUUUGGCCCAAAUAGUAAUUCUCUUACACAGCCAAUGGGUUAAAUCGUUAAGAGUAUCCAUGAAAUUGUGGAGAAUUAUGGUAUACAAGAAUGUGAGAGACGAUUAUUCCGAACGUCGUAAUCCUUAAAAUAAAUUUUUUUUUAAAUGAAAUACACAGCCUUACUGUCAGAUAUAUUGGCGAGUAUUAAACCAAGAGUAUCAUGGUUUUUGUUGUAAACUAAUAGUCUAGAGUCUUUACUUUCCUUGCCUUGGGUACUUUGUACAUUUCAUUUCCUUUAAAAAAUCAUACUCUUACUGUGGGUAAACCUUAACAAAAGGGGACUCAGGCCCAAUGACCUUGACCUUGACGUAUGUUGUCAAGAUCACUUUCCUGAGUGAUAUUCAAGAGAUUUUAGCCGGAGCUCGUGAUUCGUUAAAAAGUUAUUAAAUUAAAAAAGUUUAAUAAUUUGCUGGAAUUUUCUGAUAUCAUGUACAAUUAAAAAAAAUAUGGGUAAAUCUUAACAAAAGAGGACCCAGCCCUAUUAAAUAAUAAAUUUAUUAUUAAAAUAAAGUACGCAUUUUUACGUGCUUUAAAAUAAGGCUCUAUUAAUUUAUUAUUAUCCAAAUUAUGUAUGCAAAGUCGCAAAUCCGUAGGCACCCUGCCUACGCGUUCUCUGCAUCACAUGGGUUUGCAACUUUGCAUAAAAGAUCAGGAUAAUAAAUUAAUAUAUUUUUUAUUUUAAAGCACGCAAAAAUGUGUUUUAUUUUAAUAACGAAUUUAUUAUUUAUUGAGGUAGGGUUUCCUUUUGUUAUCCAUAUUUCUUUGUAGAGUUUAGAUUAGGAUAAGAAUAAUUAAGUUUAAAUUAGGAUAAUAAUAAAUUAAUAGAUUUUCUUAUUUUAAAGCACGCAAUUUUGCAUGCUUUAUUUUAAUAAUGAAUUUAUUAUUGUACUGGAUACAUUUUUCUUUUUUUGUUUAUAACUUUUUAACAAACAAUGAGCAUCGGCUAAAAUCUCUUGAACAUCACUCAGGAGGGUGACCUUGGUAACAUAUGUCAAAGUCAAGGUAAUUGAGGCUGGGUGCCCUUUUGUUAAGGUUUAUCUUACUAUGAAUUAAUCCAGAUUGUUAUAGACUUUAUGUUUAAAAGCCUAAAUAAUAGACUGCUUACAAAUAGCUGUAUAUUGGAUCGUUUAAUUUCUUAUUUAUUCUUUCCAGUCUUUGCAACAGUUUUUCAAUUAUGUUUUCUGCUUUUGUUUAACAAAUCAAGAAGCAAAUAUUGUAUAUUAAAGAAAAAAUAUGCAAAUGUCGAUGUAGAUCGUGGUUAAUAAGUACGUGAAUUAAAAAAUUGUUAACAAUAAAAUUUAACUUUUAUUGUUACGAAAUUUUAAAUUUGCACACUGUUAAUUGUGGAAGCUCACAUCGACAUAUUUGCAUUUUUUUUCUUUGUUUUAUUCCAUGGAGUCUUUUUUAUUGUUAUUGUAUAUUAUUUGAAUGUACAUAAUGUAUAUUUAUUGAAAAAAAUUUUUUCCUUUCGUUCUUUAAAAUACGACUACUAACACGACUAUUUCACUUCUGCUUUUUUCUUUUUUGCAAUAUUUUAUGGUGAAAGGAAUUAUGAUCAAAUAUAAUCGAUCAUUAUUUGUCACUCUUGCACUGCCAAAGUAUGAAGGUGACGAGUGUAGUAUAAUUACGUCUAAUUGGUGCAGAUUUUAUGGCUUGUUUUUCUCCGUCUCUACUCUUCUCCCUCUCUGGUCUUUUCCGUUUUGUAUUCGUCUGAUUUUUGGAAACAGGGUUAUUAUUUGUAUAAGUUUACAGCUUUAAGUCGAGCGAUACUAUUAGCGUAACACGAUACAUAUUCCUUCCCAAUAUCGAACUAAAGAUACACGUCGAUAUAUCCAUUACACGAAUGUUUUCCGCAAUAAUGUAGUGCUGUAUCUAAUCUAGUACUUAUUGCCUACGGAUAAGCGUACUCCUACAGAAAAAAAAGAAAAUGAAGUAAGCGGAUAGGGAACAUGAUCGCGAAGUGCAUUUACAAUUGGAAUACCGUAACUAUUGCGUACUAGAAUUUGAGUAUAUAGAUUUUUCUAUAUUUUUUUCACAUUACUUGCUGUAUUACUGCAAUUCUACCAUGUAUCAGUUUAUAAUCAGUAAUUUUAUGGUACAGCAUCACCUUUUUUCGAUAUUUGUAGGACACAUGUAAAACAUUAAUAUUAAACUUAUAAAAAUCUUCAAUAUAUUAUUCUCACGACAGCUGCGGGAGGUUGCUCAUGCACCCAAGCGUAGAUCUAUAAUUUAGUGGAAAAUUGAUUUAAUAAUGGUCGCGUUAAGAAUCUUCGCAUUUUAUAUAAGAGCAUCGUAUAUAAAUAAUAUAUAUAUUGGUACGAUAUCUCAGUGACAAGACAUAUGAUUCCACUGUUAACUAGGAAUAGAAAGGAUUAUCUGCAUGCACGCGAUUAACGGAACAUGCACUUAGCGUAAGCAUAUGUAUACUAUUAUUUGAGAAAAAAAGAAAAAUUGGGGACACGUAAAUAAUAAAAAUUUUAAAUUCUA